UUGAAGGCCAUGGCGAUGGCUCUUCUUGGCGUGGCAAUGCCGUCAUCUUGGCCUUCAUUCCAGCUUCCCGCCUGUGGUACACGCAAGGUAAUGCUCGUCCGAGCCACAGCAGCAGGGAAGGACAUCGAACUUGGAGCCAGGGAUCCAUUCCCGGAGGAGCUGGAGAGCAAAUUUGGGGACAAGGUUCUUGGGAAUGCCAGCACCGAGCACAUCAUCCUUGUUCCCUCCCGCCCGGUGGAGAUUGCCCAGAAAUCUUGCGCUGAGCUUCCCCGUGGUGCAACAGCCAUGACCGAGAAAGAGGCCAAGGAAUUUCUUCGCAAGGUGGUGGGAUGGAGGAUCAUAAACGAGGAUGGCUGCUUGAAGCUACAGGGCGAAUGGAACUUGGCGAGUUUUAGCGCUGGAGUGGAGCUCUUCCAGAGGAUUGCCGCUGUAGCCAAGGCCGAGAAUUACUUCCCCAGCCUCUCGCUCGAUCGGAAAAACAGAGCAAAAGUCGACAUAUGGACGGAGUCACUUGGUGGCCUCACAGAAAAUGAUUUCAUCCUCGCAGCCAAGAUAGACAAACUCAAAACCUCCGACUUGAUAAAGCGAAACAGGGUUUGGGCCUGAUUUACAUUCUGUAAGUUAGUCUGCUGGUUGAGCAGCUUGAAUUUUAAACUACGAGGAGACGCGAUUGAUAAUCCA